AUGGCCAAUGAAAAGCCCAAGGAAGGAGUGAAGACUGAGAACAACGAUCAUAUUAAUUUGAAGGUGGCGGGGCAGGAUGGUUCUGUGGUGCAGUUUAAGAUAAAGAGGCAUACACCACUUAGGAAACUAACGAAAGCCUAUUGUGAACGACAAGGUUUGUCAAUGAGGCAGAUCAGAUUCCGAUUUGAUGGGCAGCCAAUCAAUGAAACAGACACACCUGCACAGUUGGCAAUGGAGGAUGAAGAUACAAUUGAUGUGUUCCAGCAGCAGACAGGAGGUGUCUACUAAAAAGGGAACCUGCUACUUUACUCCAGAACUCUGUUCCUCCAGACCAAGAAGACCUUCUCAAAUAGAAAGCCGUAGUUUGGUUCCACCACAUCCUGACUACUACAGUAUAGUUUUCUCUAUUCUUUCAUUUUCCCCUUCCCCAUUCCUUUAUUGUACAUAAAGUAACUGUGUAUGUGCACAAGCAUAUUGCAUUUUUUUUAACUAAAUGGCCAAUGGUAUGUUUUGAUCGACAUCAAAUGGAGAUGGGAUGGGGGAAAAUACUGCUUCUGUGAAAAUACCCCCUCUCUCCAUUAGUGGCAUGUUCAGUCAGCUCUUAUCUUUAUAUUCUAGUAAGUUAUUUUGCUCUCACUGUUUAACAAAAAAAAAA